ACAUCUUUAUGUGACAGGCCAGCGCGCCAAAUUGAUAUCGCCAACAAAGGGGAGGCAGAAGAUAGGACUUAUUUAACUUCUUGACACAAAACUAAACUGUAAUAAAUCGCUAACACGCAUGAGAGGAAAUACUUUACUGGAUUAACGUACUCGGUCAAAGCUGUCAGGAUGGGUUUGCUCGAGCGGUGCGAGGAGCUCUUGAAGACCUCAAACCUGUACGAGGUGCUCGGCAUCAACAAAGAGGCAACCGAGACAGAGAUCCGGAGGAGCUACUACAAAGUGUCGCUGAAAGUCCACCCAGACAGGGCUCCUGAAGACCCACUGGCCACAGAGAAAUUUCAGGUGUUGGGAAAGCUGUAUGCGGUUCUGAGCGAUAAGGAGCAGAGAGCUGUUUAUGAUGAGCAGGGGGUGGUAGAUGAAGAGUCUGACGUCCUGAGUCAAGACCGCUGCUGGGAAGAUUACUGGAGACUGCUCUUCCCCAAGAUAACAGUGCAGGACAUCCUUGAGUUUGAGAAUAAAUAUAAGGGCUCUGAUGAGGAGCGUCAGGAUGUGAUCCAGCUGUAUGUGCAGCACCAGGGAAAUAUGGACGCCAUCACAGCCUCGGCCAUGUGCUGCUCCCAGGAAGAUGAGCCCAGGCUCUGCAGCAUCCUCAAGGCUGCCAUCGAGAGCGGGGAAGUCACAGCGUUUCCAGCAUUUACGAAGGAGAGCGAGAAGAAGAAGAAGUCUCGUAGGAAGAGGGCUGAUAGAGAGCGACAGGAAGCAGAAGAAAUGCAGAAAGAGAUGGGGCUUGGUGAUGAGGAUGACAGUCUUGUGAUGAUGCUUAAGCAAAAACAGAAGUCCAGAGAGCAGAAUUUCAACAGUUUCCUGUCUGACCUGGAAGCAAAAUACUCCAAAGAAAGUGGGUCCAAAAAAGUGAAAAGAGGAAAAAAGUGAAAAGCAUUCGGGCUCCGGUUACAGCAGAUAAAUGUGUCACUCUUUUAGAUUUAGAUCAUUCAAGUUUAAGCAGCAGAUGUUAAACUGUUCCCGUUUCUGUAUUUUAUUUUAUAGUUGGAAGUUGACGCUUAUCAGAAUGUAAAUGCAUCUUUUAUUUCUUGAAAUGUCUUAUUUCUUCCUAAAACACAAAUAAAUUCAUAUUUAUAUACAUUAUUU